GCCAGGGACCCCUGGGCCCACCGCCCAGCUGCACCCGCCAUAACCCUGAGUGCCAAGGGCCAGGGGGGUGGGGAAGACGUGGGCCGUGAGGAGUAGCAGGACGGAGCACCCAACAGGCAGCCUGCCCUCCAAGCUUUCUGGCUGCGGAGGCCCAGCUGUCAGCGUCCGGGGCUCAGCUGUAAGAGUGUCCGCCACCGCGUUCACCCGCCCCUGUCUGUCUCUUUCCCACGGCCGCAGGUUGCUGAUCAGGGCCAGGCGGCUGCAGCAGCAACUGCAGAGGCGCUGCGCCAAGCCGGGCCCAAGUGGUGCAACCCGGCGGGGCUGCGGAGGGCGAGUGGACUCAGACGGGAAGCCCUGAACCACGCGCCAACUGGGAAGGUGAUGGUUGACGAGACCAGUCCAUCCUAAUUUGGGGUUCCUGGUCCUGCUCCAGGAGUCCUCCAGACUACAGCCUCCACCAAGGAGGGAGGACUGGACAGCAAGGGGGUGGUAGUAUCAAUGUCAGGGACCUGGGGAAGAAGCAGGCCUGGCUUGUAGAGUAGAAGACUCAGUGCUGGCCAGUGUACAGGAGACCUUGCCCCUGCAGCCUCCAUACCUCAGACCAGGCCCUGGCUCUCCCUGGGUGCACUCACUCAUCUAAGGACGCUAGGUUGGACUGAUAAUUUCUCACCACCUCUGAGGAUCUGACAAUUGUGAUUUUAAGUUGGGAGGUGGGAACCUGUACACCAGCCCCAUUCAAUUCAUUGGUGGAGUCAGCUGUGGCCUGCUAGGCCCUCGCCAGGUCCUGGGGUGUCCUGCCGAAGGGUGAGAGGAGAAGCCAUGCCAGGCAGCGGCCCCAGCGAGAGGAUGACAUGGCCCGGCCCGGCCUUCCCCACGGCACCCCCAAACCGUCCUCUCUCCUCAGCCCCGGGGACACCGCCCAUCCCGCCCCUUACCCGGACCCGCAGCCUCAUGGCCAUGUCCCUGCCCGGGAGUAAAAGGGCCUCUGCUGGAUCCCGCAGUGGGGGCCCUUUGGGCCGCAGCGGCCUGGCAGUGUUCGCCCAGUGUCCGCAGCUGCCCACCAGCCAGAACGAGCACCUGCCUCUUCUUCCUGCCUCCAGGCGCACCUCUCCACCUGUGAGCGUGCGGGAUGCCUACGGCACCUCUUCCCUCAGCAGUAGCAGCAACUCAGGCUCCUGCAAGGGGAGCGACAGCAGCCCCACGCCAAGGCGCUCCAUGAAGUACAUGCUGUGCAGCGACAACCAUGGCAUCAAGCCCCCCACCCCGGAGCAGUACCUCACUCCACUGCAGCAGAAGGAAGUAUGCAUCCGGCACCUGAGGGCCCGGCUGAAGGACACGCAGGACCGGCUCCAAGACCGGGACACCGAGAUCGAUGACCUAAAGACGCAGCUGUCACGCAUGCAGGAGGACUGGAUCGAGGAGGAGUGCCACCGUGUGGAGGCCCAGCUAGCCUUGAAGGAGGCCCGCAAGGAGAUCAAGCAGCUCAAGCAGGUCAUCGACACUGUCAAGAACAACCUGAUUGACAAGGACAAGGGGCUGCAGAAGUACUUUGUGGAUAUCAACAUCCAGAACAAAAAGCUGGAGACGCUGCUGCACAGCAUGGAGGUGGCCCAGAACGGCAUAGCCAAGGAGGACGGUACCGGGGAGUCGGCGGGUGGGUCCCCCGCCCGUUCCCUCACUCGGAGUUCCACCUAUACCAAGCUGAGUGACCCAGCUGUCUGUGGUGACCACCAGCCCGGUGACCCCACUAACUCGUCAGCCGAGGAUGGGGCUGACAGUGGCUAUGUGGCAGCUGAUGACACACUGAGCAGGACAGAUGCACUGGAGGCCAGCAGCCUGCUGUCAUCAGGGGUGGACUGUGGCCCUGAGGAGGCCUCACUGCACAGCUCCUUUGGCCCAGGCCCCCGCUUCCCUGCCAGCAAUACCUACGAGAAGCUACUGUGUGGCAUGGAGGCCGGGGUGCAGGCCAGCUGCAUGCAGGAGCGGGCCAUCCAGACAGACUUUGUGCAGUACCAGCCUGACCUGGACACCAUCCUGGAGAAAGUGACCCAGGCCCAGGUCUGUGGGACAGUCCCUGAGUCGGGGGACAGGCACUCAGAGCCAAUCCCUCUCCCCUCCAGACCCAGAGACCCCAACUCAGCCGUGGUGGUGACAGUGGGUGAUGAGCUUGAUGCCCCGGAGCCCAUCACCCACGGACCCACCCCACAGCAGCCUGGUGCCAACCCCAACCCUGGGCAGUCGGUGAGCGUGGUGUGCCCCUUGGACGAGGAGGAAGAGGCAGCUGCAGCUGCAGCCGAGAAGGAGCCCAAGAGCUACUGGAGCCGUCACUACAUUGUGGAUCUGCUGGCUGUGGUGGUGCCAGCUGUGCCCACGGUGGCCUGGCUUUGCCGCUCACAGCGGCGCCAGGGCCAGCCCAUCUACAACAUCAGCUCCCUGCUGCGGGGCUGCUGCACCGUGGCCUUGCACUCCAUCCGCAGGAUCAGCUGCCGCUCGCUGAGCCAGGCUGGCCCGAGCUCAGCAGGUGGCAGCUCCCAACUCUGAGGAGCUCUCCCACCCCCAGGCAGCAGCUUCUGUGGCCUGACCACUGAUUGUAGGGAUGCUGUUCUCCCUGUCAUCUGUCCCUAUGGAGCAUCAUGUUAUUUAUUUAGUUUUGGGUGUGGAACUGUUUGUUUGUGUUCUGUUUUGUUUUUGUUUUGUUUUUUUCCAGGAUAUUUAACAGUGUCAGGGCAGGAGUAGGGGUUGGGGAAAGGCAUCCCAAAACUUCAGAGAGAAGGGAGACCAAAGGCAGGUGGUACACCGACUGGACAAACCACAGAGGGAAGAAGGUGAGGGUCCCCCAGCCUGGUCCCUCUGUUCACCUGGCCCCAGCUCAGGAAGUCUCUUGCUAUGUUCAUCUGGGGAAGCUGGGCUUGCCUUGCCCUGCCCACCAGAGCCCCUCCAUCCUGUCUAGGGCCCUGCUCACCCCAUGCCUUCUCUUUUCAGCCACCUUGCCCUCAGCCCAGGCUUCUGGGCCAGUAUUAUCUCCUCAGCUGGAGGCAGGUAUGGCCCAAAGUGCAGAUCACUGACCCAGGACUCAGAGCAGGGUCUGGACCACUGCGCCUGGGCUGGAGCUCCAGCCUCCCCAGACUGCUCCGACCUUGAGAUUCAGAAGCACAGUCAAGGCUGCAGGCUGGAGGAAAGACGGUGCUGGGGCAUGAGGUGGCAGAGGGCAGGGUGGGUUCAGUGUCUGUGUUCAUCCCAAGCCGUCCUUGUAAUCCACUUCCUCUUGGCACUGCUGGGUGUGUCAGGUGGUUCUUCCCAUGAGAGAGCUAAGCCCGGCAAGCUCAGCAGUGGGACCACUUCCCUGAGCCCCAGUACAUAAGGAGAAGGCAGGGGUGGGGAACCCAGAGGGCUCCAGCCUUCUGAGGUCAGGCCAUCUCCUGUCUCAUCUGCAGUCUGGGAGGCGGAGCAGGACCCAGGAAUCCUUAGCUUGUGGGAAAAGCCACAGGCCAUGACCGCCCCUGCUUGCCCUAAAUUUCUCUGGGGGCCUCAGGCCCAACUUCUGCUUUGCACUAUGUUCACUUGGGGCUUGCUUCUCAGCCAUCCCAGGGGUUCCAGUGAGGUGGCCACUUGCUUUCUGGGAUGAGAGUUCCUAUAUCUUAGACCUAUCUGCCUCCAGAGGAGGGUGGGGAAUUCUGACAGGAGAAUUCCCAGACAGGGUAUUGAAGCCAUGAUGUUCUUCCAGGCCAAAGCAGGGUGCCCUGGGAUGUGCUUCCCAGGCAGGGGUGUGGCAGGGCGGGCAGGUACCCUGCAGCCUGCCCACUCCCAGCCCAAAGCCAGUCACCCUGAGAAGGCUCACUGACCCCUACUCCUUCCCUGGGACCACAUCUGAGUCCCCCAGCAAAGCUGCUGACAUUUUUAUUACCAAUACUGUUUUACAAAGUAAACCUCACUUCUCUUCCUCUGUAGGGGCUACAUGCAUCUGGCCAUCCCACUCACUCUUUAGAGGUUAUACCCCUAUUUGGGGAUUUGGUGGGACCCUGUGUCUUACUCAGCCCUCUGGUCUAAGGGCCACUCUGGUUCUCUGCCAAGGUCUCUCGCCCUUACCCCCGAUGCUCUAGCAGCCAUUGCCUGACUCCUGAGCUCUGCCCUUCUGCUCUGUGCCCUUCAGUCCAGGGUACCUGCAUGCACUGGAAGUGGGUGCCCAGCCCAGCCACGGGGGCGAGAGGCCCCUCUGCCUUGCGCUUUGUGCCUCCAAAGUCCCCCCCCCCUCCUCGUUUGGGGCCUCAGACCAGCCAUCCUUUGUGAAGCACCCCCACUCCCAACCCCAGCCGAACCAAACCCAGAUGCCUGGAGCCUGGCUGGGGCUGCCCCAGAGGACACUGGGCUUAACAGCACUGAGGGGGACAGUGGACAAAAUCAAUCCAAAGCCAAGCCGGGACUGACCACGGACCCAGCCUCUUGUGCCAUGUACUCAUGGAGCUACAUAGUGUCUCCUUAGAAAUAGUCCAAGCUUUGCUGAGAAAAUAAAUGUAUGAACUAUAUUUGACAACAUAAAAUCUAUAUAUUUUUCACCACUGGAAUUUAGUCAAGCUUUGUAGCCCCUCUGCUCCUGUUGUCCAUGUCUUGCAUCUGUGGCCUUCCUGUUGUGUCUUGUAUUUUGGUGGACAUGGGAAGGGUGGGGGCCCUAGUCUAGACUGUCCUGCUGCUGAAGAAGUCACUUGUGCAAGGGCGGUUGGGCCCAAGGCCCAUGCAGGGGGUGAGUGGGCCUGGCUGCUGCCCACUACUCCUGCUGGCCCCAGAUCCAUGUGGCUCUCCAGGGGUUCCUAGCACACAGUGUGGAGGAUUUUCUCUUUUGGGGAUUCCCUGGGGCUUCUGAUGGGCUUUUCUUCUUGAUAGUGGAAGAAACAGCUCACCACCCAGGCCUGCACAGGCCCUGUGACCAUGCUGGCUGGUGGCCCUGGCCCGGCUCUUGAGAGUGUGUGCUCAGUAUCCUGCAUCUAUGCAAAGGUGCGGGCUGCCUGUGUGGCCCCAGGGCGGGGAGGCACGGGGGCCUGCUGGCUCAGGCUCCAAGCCCUGAUGAGGCAGGGCACGGAAUGUGGGCUGGGGGAGGCUGGGGCCUGGGGUCUGGGGUGCGUGUCCUCCAAAACUCCCUUCUUCCCUCCUGCUUAAUGCCUCCUGCUGCUGGGCUGACCUUUCCUCCUGCCAGGCUGACCUUUCCUCCUGCCCUUAGCUUCUGAAGCAGAAGUCUUUGGGGGGCUCCUUCUCCCAAGCCUCUGGCCGGAACUGAUUAGGUCCUGAGAAAUGAUAUCCCCGCAACCACCUUCUGAAACUGCUGGUCUCUUGGAUGGAGUCCAGUGGCCAGAAGCGGCUUCUCCUGAGUUCUAACGCUCAGGUCAGAGCAGCCCUGCUGCCCCUCUGGUCCGGGCUCUGGCAGGAAUUGGGAGUUGGGGCCCAGAAUUCUGCAUAGAGAGCUGGCCUUGAGCAGAGUUUAUUACAAAUAUCUCCUGAAGGGAUAACUUAGCUUUUCACUUGAAACGCCCUUCCCAACUGCCACUAGCACAGGGGUAUCUGACAGAACUUUGGGGAGGGGUGGGGCAAAACAUAAAGUUCCGGGGCCUCUGCCCAGUCAACUCACAACCCCUCUCUGACCUGAGGGGAUGUUGCAAACUGGUCACAGUGCACUCAGAUAUUAGGCCAUCCCCUUGACAGGGGAUUCAGGGGAAGGGGGUUGGGAGGGGUCUUGGCUCUUGUCUUCUUUGUCCUUUUGUUCAGACAGAGUUGUACCUGCAGCAGUCAACUCUGAAUUAAAGCAUGAAAACACACAGAGACCCUUGGCCUGUUUUCUUUAUACUGUGUUGUUUUUCUAAUGGGGGUGAUGAGGGGCUCAAACUGUCUAACACUCACAUGGGAGAAGCCAAGCGGGCAGUGAUCUCUCACGUAGAGGGAAGCGGGGAGCUGCGUGUGGCUCAGCCCACCAUACUCUGCUGUGUGUGUAUGUGGGGCACUCCACUGCCCUUCUGGGGUCAGGCACAGAGUCUGGAACCACCUCUCCCCAACCCCAGGUGUCAGACCCCACCAGGCCCAGUAAGUACAUCAAAU